GUUAAAUAGUUUAAUGUGUGAUGUUCUCACAAUUUCUAGGAAUUGUGUGGCUAUUUUUAGACUAGAUUUGACAAGUUUGGUUUAAGCCAAUAGAAUAACAAAAUAAUCAGAGAGUGGUCACAUGACUGUAUGACACAAUUAAAUUGAUAUUCUUCUAAAUAUUGACAAUGUUACCAUUACAGUCAUGGCUAUCAUAAUACUGUAGGCGUUCUAGAUCAAUAAAUAAAGGAAAAUGGUAAAAUCAUGUCACUGCCUUUUGGUGUGAAGUUGAAAAGAAUCUAAAUUGCUUAAGAAGUACAUAAAAUGGAAGAUCACUUACAACAAAUAGAUGUUGGAGUUAUGUAACUUGAUCAUGAUCUUUGUAGGGAAGGCCAAGCAGAGAGAUGUACAACAGAAAAUAUUCUUAAUCUUUACAAUUUAGAUGGCAGUCCAAGUUUUGUCAACAAUGUGAUUUUACUUGUCAUCAUUCUUGCUCAAUAAAAACAAUUAUAUAAACACUUUCAAAAAGAUGUCACAGAGUCGUGCAUCUCGUGCUAGUAGAGCAACAGCGGCUAACGAAGGUCAGGGCCCAACACCAAAACCGGGAGAAACUACUCCUCGUAGUCAGGGCAGAAACUCCAACCCUCCUCAAGAAAACCCACCGUCUGCUAUGUCUAACCGUAGUCCAGCUGCAAUAUCUCGAACACCAAGUGCUGAUAGACGCUUGUUGAGGGCGUUGACGGUUUCGCCGAAUACCGGCGAGUAUAAAGACGAUGACGUCGACGACGCGACGCCAGAACCACAAUAUAGCGCGCGACAAUCUACACAGAACAGACAGUCGACUCGUCUUAGCGUUAACCGAACGCCGACACAAUCAGUUAGAGGAAGUCCGAAUCGUGCAUCAGAAACGCCUGUACAAAAUGGGAAAAAAUCUGUAGUCGACCUUCCUCAACCAGUGAAAGAAGGCAGAGGGGAAGAUUGGCAGGCAAAUAAAUCUGUUCCACAAGCGAAUAACUACAUGCUCAAGUAUGAGGUGGCCUGUGACGUCACAUUUACAGUAGGUGAUUCCAAGGAAGAGAUUCGUGCUCACAAAUACAUGCUGAUGGCGCGCAGCCCGGUGCUGUUUAAGUCGUUGAUUAAACACCUUGGUAACAUGGAUAUAAAGAUUGGGGUUCCGGAUAUGAAACCAGACUGCUUUAGAGACAUGCUACAGUACAUUUACACUGACGAGUUUGACAUACAUUCAGACAACGUUGCGACAAUGCUGUACGCGGCAAAGAAAUUUCAGUUGAAAGGUUUAACUACCCUUUGUUUUCAAUACCUUGAUGCCGAGAUGCAUGAUGAAACUGUAUCUAAAAUCAUGGAGCAAGCACAUAUCUACACCGAGACCAGCUUGUAUGAAAAAUGCCUAAGAUACACCCUAACAAAUGGAAAUGCUGUACUCCGCAAGCCAGGUUUUGCCGAACUUUGUGCUGAAUGUGUCGGAAGAAUACUAAAAUCCGACGACUUGAGAGCAAACGAGGAAGCUGUGUUCGAGGGGUGUAUAACAUGGGCAAAUGCCGAAUGCAGACGACAAAAGAAACAGACGACUGACGAAACCCGUCGUGAAGUGCUAGGUAAAUUGCUGUAUUUAAUACGAUUUCCAGUCAUGGACAUUACCUAUUUUACUCAGAAGGUAUCGCUCGGAAACCUGUUGUCGCAUGAUGAAACGCUGUCCAUAUUUCAAUACUUUCACGGCGAGGAGCAGCAACUUCCAAACCGGUUUAGUAGAAAUGAAAGGAACCGGUUUCCGCGUAAUAUGAAAGACAAUACAGAACCAGUCAUGUUGUCCACACGUAGUCCUUCAAUGUCGACUGUCCAUAGGUUCAAUUCAACGGAUGGGCAAUGGAAACAAAACUGUUCACCUGAUGCGAUCUCGUUUACCGUGUCGCAUCCUAUUGUUCUAUACGGUGUUGAAAUAUACGGGGUGGCAAAUGGAAAAGAAACAUAUAGCGUGAAAAUGUUUGUGUACGACGAUAUCACACGUGAAGAAAUUCGAAAAAAUGAUGCAAGCGUUUUUACGAGCAGUAUCAAGCAGACGUACGAAGUGUACCUGACGCGACCAGUCCGGAUUCCCGCGCGAAGGUUAUUUACGGUAAUGGUGAUUAUCCGAGGCUGUCCAACUAUUAAAGGCGUAGACGGGGAAAAGGUCCACAUAGUGGACGGUGUCCAGUUCGAGUUUUCUGACAGUAGCAAGAGCCAUAACGGCACAAAUAUAAAUGUUGGCCAGAUUCCCGGGCUUUUGUUUAACAAAACCCAGUAACGUCGCUAUAUUAGAUAUAGAAAUAAUUGCAUUACGAAGAGAAAAUGACUUUACAUUGUAUUUGUGUUAAUAUUAUUACUGUUAUCUAUUAUGGUUAGCUAAAAGAUUUAGCAUAGUCAAUAAUGAAAAUCCUUAAAUGUUAACUACGUAUCCACAGUGUUGUUAUAAACAUUGUAAAUAAUUCAAUUAACAAAUUCAUACCACAAAUUUAAGCAGCAGUUAUCUGGCAGGUAGCUGUGACGUAAGUAAGUCGCUUUAUUAAUUAUAUUCCUAACACGCUCGUAAAUGGCAUAUAAAGAUCAAAGUCAUGCCCAUUAAGCUAGCUUUUAAUGUUUACCGCCUUAGCUGAAGUUUUAUUAUGAUGGCAACAAAAUGUUCUUGGAAAGUUUAACAACCGCUUGAAUUGAUACAUAAAAUAUUUACCAAUAUUGAUUAGAGAAAUAUUGUGAUUUUACUCAAACAACAUUGUAAAUUAUAUCAGAGACUUAUAUACAUAUAGAUCUGUGAUUAUAUCAACGUUUCUAGAUUAUAUUAUUUUAUAACAGUUUAAUAUAGUUAAAUAUAUAAAUAGUUCACAAUAUAAAUAUACAAAAUGUAUACAUGUACUAAAAUACGUGACAAACGUGCAAUAAAUCCGUCCAUACAAAGUUA